GGUCACACUCAAACUCCACGUUGUUUUGGAGCGCCGUUCAUUUAAAAUCACGAAAUCAUUAAAAUAAAGUGAAAUGGGUCGCAAAUUCCAAAAGAAACAGAAGGUCGAUCAGCUAGAAAUCGUGCCGGUUGAUGAAAAUCCACCGCUGCCUCCACAGAGGAAAUCCGACGAUGUUAUUCCCAAAAGAGAAAAAUGGGUGAACAAACAGCGUGUGCUGGUCUUCGCAGCUCGUGGCAUUAGCCACAGAGACAGACAUUUAAUGCGGGACAUCAAGACCUUAAUGCCGCAUCAUCGGGCCGAGUCGAAAAUGGAGCGUGCCAAGACGUUGUCGGUGGUGAACGAGAUGUGCGAAAUGAAGCACUGCAACAAGGCCAUGCUCUUUGAGGGGCGCCGUAAGCGGGACCUGUACAUGUGGGUUUCCAACACGGCCGGCGCCGAAGGUCCAUCUGCCAAAUUCCUUAUCGAGAACAUCCACACAAUGGCCGAGCUCAAGAUGACCGGAAAUUGUCUGAAAGGCUCGCGACCACUGCUUUCGUUCGACUCCAAGUUCGAUGAAUUGCCGCACCUGAAGCUGCUCAAAGAACUCUUUGUGCAGACCUACUCAGUGCCCCACCAUCAUCCCAAGAGCCAGCCGUUUGUUGAUCACGUCUUUACCUUCACCUACCUGGACAACCGCAUCUGGUUCAGGAAUUUCCAGAUACUUUCCGAAGACGGUGGCCUGUCCGAGGUGGGACCACGCUACGUGAUGAAUCCCGUCAAGAUAUUCGACGGUUCCUUCACCGGCAAAACCCUAUGGGAGAAUCCCGACUAUGUCAGUCCCUCCAAGCAGCGACAGAUCCUGAAGAAGUCUGCCAAGGAUAAGUACGUGAACCGUGUGGAGCAGAAGGUGCAGCAUGAGGCGACACGGCCAAUCAAUGCAUACGACGGCAUUGACAACGAGGAAGUGUUCGACGAUGAAGAUCCCAUAGCGACAGCCAAGAUCCUGGCUGCGAUAGCCAAAAAGAAGCAGCAGGAAAAGGAGCAGAAGACGCCAAAGUCAGCGCUGACCAAGAAGAUCAAGGAGAAACAGCUGAAGGCCGUGAAAAAGGUGAUCGACCAGAAGAAAGCAAAGGUACACAAACGUGCAAAAAAAGUCUAAAUAUCUGAUGUUAGAAAAUACAUUUAAUUACAAAACUUUUAAACUUUAUAAACACCUUCAUACACAUA